AUGGAUCACAGGGGAGGAUCACAAGGUCUAAUUUUAUUGACUCUUUGUGCUCUUCUGUAUCAUUCAGCAGCUGCAGAUACAUGGCAUUUGUCUGAAGUAGAAGAGAAAGAGUUGGAGAUACAGCUCAAAUCCUUGAACAAGCCUUAUGUCAAAUCCUUCAAGGAUAAGUAUGGGAUCACAUUUGACUGUGUGGAUAUUUACAAACAACCAGCGUUCGAUCAUCCUUUGCUUAAGAACCACACUCUUCAGAGUGCUGGAGUGAGAUUUUCUACUCAGAAUGGACCAGCCAAGUUUUAUGGCAUAUCAGCUGAUUUGGAUGUUCAAUAUCUUUCCGGUAUAUUGGAUGAUCAAACAAGCGCAACACACAUCAUUGUCAGUAAAGGAGAAAGAGGUCCUCUGGCAUACCACAACGUCUUACAAGCCGGAUUUCAUGUUCAUCACGCAGCUGAGGGAGACAGCUUGACUCACUUCUUCACUUAUUGGACUUCAGAUGGGUAUCAGAAUACUGGUUGCUUCAACUUUCUUUGUCAUGGAUUCGUCCAAACAAGCAAAAGGUUGGCUCCAGGCCAAGUUUGCACCAUGGGCUACUUGUACCUCAAUAUAUCUAGGGAUCCACAUACAUCGAACUGGAUGUUGUACAAUGACCUAGAACAGAUUGGCUACUGGCCGAGGGAGAUCUUGAACAACAUGGCAGAUUCUUCUCAAAUUCAACUGAGUGCAACAGCUAGCUCUCCUAUCAAUAAACCUAGUCCUCCGACGGGCAAUGGGAAGAUUGGUGGAGCAUCUUUUAAGAGUAUCAAAAUUACAGAUGGGCGGAAUAAUCCAUACCCCCCAUCCGUUCGCAAUGCAGCAGCAUUCAACGAACUCGGCAAACCCUUCUAUGAAGCCGACUACAAUCAGGGUUGCUGCUUGUUCUACGGUGGCCCAGGAGGAUGGAAGUCAUGA